ACCAUGGCUAGUGUUGAUGAAGUUAGAGGAGCGGAGUAGAGUGGAGUGAUAUCAAUGGAUAUUUUCUCCCUAUCUUCCACCGCACAUUACUCACAACCUUCUCAACUGCCACACUUCUCAGCCGCCAUCCUCCCCGGAAAAAGCCUAACCACCACCACCUCCGCCCCCAUUCUCUCCCUGAACCUCCCUCCGGACUCCCCUCACAAUUCCCGUUCAAUCGCUUCUUCAUCCUCCACCAGGCCGCGCCGCCCCGCCAAUCAGAAGGACUCUAAAUUCCCAAAAAACCCCCUUAAGAAUCUCAUUAAUUCCACUCCACCCCCUCCCACUAUCCCCUCUCCUUCGCCUCCUCCACCGCAGCCUCAGAGCCUGACAAGCAAGCUCUGGUUGUCCAGUAAACUCAACCCACCCCCGCCGCCGCCUCAGCCAGCAGUUCUAGAGGAAGGUGAAAAUGAUGUUUUGGAGAAUUCAGAAAGUUCGGGGUCGGAAGAAAUGGAGCCCAGAGUUGAAAUUAGGGAGCAAGGAAAGAUCUUUGUGGGGAAUCUGCCACUGUGGAUCAAGAAAAAUGAGGUUGCGGAGUUCUUUCGGCAGUUUGGGCCUAUCAAAAAUGUAAUUUUGAUAAAAGGUCACCAUGAAACUGACAGAAAUAUGGGGUUUGGAUUUGUGAUAUAUGGAGGGCCCAUGGCUGAGAAGGCGGCAUUGAAGGCGGUGGAGUUCGAUGGGAUUGAGUUUCAUGGGAGGGUGUUGACUGUCAAGUUGGACGAUGGAAGGAGAUUGAAAGCCAAAAGAGAGGAGAGAAAGAGGUGGGUGGAAGGGAAAGAUGAGGAUGAGUAUAGGUCCAAGUGGCAUGAAGAGAGAGAGGGUUCCAGAAGGGAGUUCAGGAAGGUUUUAGAAUCACAGCCAGAUAAUUGGCAAGCAGUUGUACAAGCUUUUGAGAGAAUCAAAAAGCCAUCCAGGAAGGAGUUUGGUUUGAUGGUGAACUAUUAUGCUAGGCGUGGGGACAUGCAUCGUGCAAGGGAAACCUUUGAGAAGAUGCGUGCUAGGGGAAUAGAGCCAACAUCUCAUGUAUAUACCAACCUGGUUCAUGCUUAUGCAGUGGGUAGAGACAUGGAAGAAGCACUUAGUUGUGCGAGAAAAAUGAAAGAUGAAGGACUCGAAAUGAGUUUGGUGACUUACAGUAUUAUUGUCAGUGGAUUUGCUAAAUUGGGCAAUGUUGAAGCUGCAGAGCGGUGGUUUCAAGAGGCUAAAGAAAAGCAUAUGACUUUAAAUGCUAUCAUAUAUGGAAGCAUAAUCUAUGCUAAUUGCCAAACAGGUAAUAUGGAUCGAGCUGAAGAGUUGGUCAGAGAGAUGGAAGAAGAUGGUAUUGAUGCUCCAAUUGAUAUAUAUCACACAAUGAUGGAUGGUUAUACAAUGAGUGGAAAUGCGGAAAAAUGUCUUGUUGUGUUUGAUAGACUUAAGGAAUGUGGCUUUACACCAUCAGUAAUCAGUUAUGGAUGUCUCAUUAAUCUGUAUACGAAGUUAGGAAAGGCUUCUAAAGCUUUGGAAGUCUGCGAAAUGAUGAAAUUGGCAGGAAUAAGACAUAACAUGAAGACUUAUUCUAUGUUGAUCAAUGGAUUCAUAAAUUUGAAGGAUUGGGCGAAUGCUUUUGCCAUUUUUGAAGAUGUGAUAGAGGAUGGCUUAAAACCAGAUCUCGUGCUUUACAAUAACAUCAUUAGAGCCUUCUGUGGAAUGGGCAACAUGGACCGUGCCAUUUGUAUAGUUGAUGAAAUGAUAAGGCAGAGGCUUAAGCCUAGUUCAAGGACGUAUCUGCCCAUCAUUCAUGCUUUUGCAAAAACUGGAGAAGUAAAUAGAGCCCUCUGUACUUUGGACAUGAUGAGGAGGAGUGGAUGCAUACCAACUGUGCACAUGUUUAAUGCUUUAAUUCUUGGGCUAGUUGAAAAGCGCCAGAUGGAGAAGGCUGUUGAUAUUUUGGACGAGAUGUUGGUAGCUGGAAUUAGUCCUACUGAACACACAUAUACAACCAUUAUGCAUGGUUAUGCAUCGCUAGGUGAUAUUGGGAAAGCUUUUCAAUAUUUCACAAAACUUAAAGCCGAGGGACUGGAGGUUGAUGUAUAUACAUACGAGGCGUUGCUCAAGGCUUGUUGCAAAUCAGGGAGGAUGCAAAGUGCUUUAGCAGUGACGAAAGAAAUGAACGCUCAGAACAUUCCCAGGAACACCUUUGUAUACAACAUAUUAGUCGAUGGAUGGGCCCGAAGAGGUGAUGUUUGGGAAGCUGCUGACCUUAUGCAACAAAUGAGAGAAGAAGGGGUUCAGCCGGAUAUUCAUACAUAUACAUCUUUCAUAAAUGCUUGUUGCAAAGCCGGAGACAUGCAGAGAGCACUGAAAACAAUAGAAGAAAUGAAAGUAGUAGGAGUGCAACCUAAUGUAAAGACAUAUACAACACUCAUACACGGUUGGGCACGGGCGUCUCUCCCGGAGAAGGCUUUGAAAUGUUUCGAAGAAAUGAAGCAAGCUGGACUAAAGCCCGACAAAGCUGUAUACCAUUGUUUAAUGACGUCUUUGAUAUCAAGAGCUGCUGUGGCUGAAGAUUACGUUUUAACAGGGAUCCAAAGCAUUAGUAAAGAGAUGGUCGAGUCUGGAAUGACAGUCGAUAUGGGCACUGCCGUCUAUUGGUCCAAGUGCUUACGCAAGAUCGAGAGGGCUGGUGGCAGUAUAACCGAGGCCCUUCAGAAGACGUUCCCUCCCGAUUGGAAUGCACAUAAAACUCAUAUUUCAAGUACUGAUAUCAAUAACAACGAGGAAGGGUUAGACAACUGUGAAUACGACUAUGACACUUUCUAUGAUACCGAUAAUGAUGGAAACCCUUCUGACUGAUUAUUAGUAGGCAAUGUAUGUAUAAUUUCAUUUAUUUGAUUUCAUUUCUUGGAAAAUUUUCUCUGAUCAACUAGUACAGAGGAAGGGCCCUUCUUUUGUGAUUCCAUGAUGCUAUGUACUUGACCUUUGUAACUCUGAUUCUGUUUGUGAGUUGAAGUGGCAGGGAGACAAAGGUAAAGACAACUUAUAAUGGAGACAUGACAUAAAUCAUAAUCAUAAUCAUGUACAGACAUUUACUUCACCUGAAAUUGUUUUGGUUUAA